AUGAAAUUUAUAAAAUUAUCUCUUAAUUCUUAUCCUGUCAAAUUUUAUAAUAAAACAUACAAAAUUACCAAUAUAUUAAAACUAAAUGGCAUAGGUUUAAAAAAUUCAGAAGAAGAAGAAAUAAAAAAUUAUCUUAUAAAGUUUGAUCUAAAUUGUAUGACUUAUUUAAUUGAUAGUCAAGACAUAAUAUAUUUAGAAUUUUAUAAAAAAAAAGAUUGCCAAUCUCUAUUUAAUUUCUUCAAUAAUAAUGAAAGAAAUGGAAACACCUUAAAUAAAUAUGAUAUAACUGCAGAAUAUGCAAACAUUAGAUAUGAAAUAAAUAAUAAUGUUUCUAAUAAAUAUACAAAAAAUUAUUCAAGUAUUUUAAAAUGUAAUGAAAGUAUUUCUAUUUAUAGAAAUGUAAUUGAUAAAAAAAUUUCUGAUGAAAUUAUUCAAAAUUAUAAAAGCUCACAAUGGUUAAAAUAUACAAAGAAUAAUGAGAUAAAUAUUUGUCAUUACUUUUGCCGAACAAUUCCAAAUAAAAUAUAUAAAUCCUAUUGCAUAAAAAAUUUAACUUCAUUUUUUUCAUCGGAAUUUCUAAAAAAGAUAAAAAGUGUAUUUAAUGGUAGAGAACCAAAUCAAGUAUCAGUUUUAAAUUGUCAUACAAAAAAGUCUAUUGAAUAUGUCAUUGAAUCAAGCUUUAUAUUUGAAAACGAAAUAGCUUUUCUAGUUCUUGAAAAUGACUUACCUAUAUCUUUUUUUGAUAUUAGAAAUAAUAGUAAAAUGAAUUUAUUAAUAUCAAGCAAUACACUUUUAAGAAUUAAUGGAAAUUCUAGAUAUGAAUUAAUUUUUGGUAUACCAAAAAAAAAGAGUAUACAUCUUGAAGAUACAGUUAUAGAUCGAAAAAACAGUUAUUUAAUAAUAUUUCGUUUUAUUAAAGAUGAUUUAGAAAAUAUCUUAACUGAAAAAAAGAAAAUUGAAAAGAAUAAAAAUGAAAAACAAGAGAAAACUUGUGUUUCAGUAGAUAUAAAUAAUUUUAGUUCAGAAAAUUUAGAAAAAAAAUACGUCCUUGAUGUAUACAAUCAAAUAGCACAACAUUUUGAUCAUACUAGAUAUAGAACUUGGAAAAAUGUAGAGAAUUUAAUAAAUGAAGAGAAAGAAGGAAAUAUGAUAAUAGAUAUUGGAUGUGGUAGUGGCAAGCAUUUAGGUGUAUCCUCAAAAUAUUUUUUUUGGGGUUUAGAUUUUAGUUUAUAUUUAUUAAAAAUAGCACAAAAAAAGAAAAAUACAGAUUUAUUUUUAGCUAACUGUGUUAAUAUACCUUUAAGAUCAAAUUUAGCUGAUUUAUGUAUUUCAAUAGCAGUUAUACAUCAUAUUGGCACUCAUGAAAAAAGAAAAAAAGCUAUUGAUGAAAUGGUUCGGUGCACAAAAAUAGGUGGAAGGAUUCUAAUAUACGUUUGGGCAUACGAACAACAAGAUAAUAUUGUUGGAAAUAGGCAAUUCGAUUCUCAAGAUAUUUUUGUACCUUGGUAUUUACAACAACAAUAUACAACAAAAGAGAGUGAAGAAGGGGAAUAUAAUUCUCAUCCCUUUAAAAAAGAUCUUUUGAAAUUACAAAGAUAUUAUCAUGUUUUUAAAAAAGAAGAAAUAUACGAAUUAUGCAGAAGUGUUAAUGGUGUGAAUGUUGAAGAAAUUUAUUUUGAUUGUAAUAAUUGGGGUGUUAUUUUAAGAAAAAUUUUUUAA